UUGUCAGAUAAGGGGAGGAGUCUCUCGCUGACAAGAGGGACACUGGCUUUUUCUGAGUUUGUCAGCUCCCCCUAAAAUAGCAGUCAGCGUGUAUAUGUGAACUGAAAUAACGUUUAUCCACUGGAGCCACCGAUAUAGAGUGUCUAUACACGGCGACUGACUUGGGAGUAAAGGACAUUUUUUCCGAGGAGGACAAAAAACACCAGAAAGCUGAAAGCCAAGGAUGUAUCGAGUGAAAAAUAAGAGAUAGAAGCUGAACAUUCUUGGUCCAAUAAAGAGGAUAGUGUUUCUUUGAUUGUUUGAUUGUGGUGUGGUCUGUUGAAGAGCGCAUUGCGAAGACAGAAGAAAGAGUGUAUACAAGAAGAGAGACUGUUGCACGAUGUGCUAGGAGAGUGCGGGAAGAAAUCGUGUUGUUUUUCUGAUAUUGUUGAGGUGUCAGAGAGACUGGAAAGGACGCAGCCAUGGGGCGGAAGAAGAUACAGAUCACCAGGAUCAUGGAUGAGAGGAACAGGCAGGUUACCUUCACAAAGAGGAAGUUUGGCCUGAUGAAAAAGGCCUAUGAGCUGAGCGUACUAUGUGACUGUGAGAUAGCCCUCAUCAUUUUCAACAGCUCUAACAAACUGUUCCAGUAUGCCAGCACAGACAUGGACAAAGUGUUGCUGAAAUACACAGAGUACAACGAGCCCCAUGAGAGCAGAACCAACUCUGACAUUGUAGAGAAAUUGAGAAACAAAGGCCAUAAUGACUGUGCUAGUCCUGAUCCUGAAGACUGUUUUGGGCACAGCCCCCUCAUGGACGACCAUUUCGGCAAACUAAACGAAGCGCUAAACAAGAAAGAACACAGAGGUUGUGAUAGCCCGGACCCUGAUGCCUCAUAUGUCCUCACUCCUCACACAGAAGAAAAGUAUAAAAAAAUUAAUGAGGAGUUUGAUAAUAUGAUGAGAAAUCAUAAAAUCCCCACAGCAUUGCCUCAGCAGAACUUCUCCAUGCAUGUGGCAGUGCCUGUAUCCAAUCCUAAUGCCAUGUACCAGCCAGGAGGGACUCUGGGCAGCCAGGCCCUGGCAGCAGCCGCAGCCUCUUUGAGUGACAGUGGGAUGCUGUCCCCUCCACAGGCCUCUCUGCACAGGAAUGUGGGCUCAAGUGGAGGACCCCAGAGGCCCACCAGUGCAGCUCAUACAAUUACACCUAAUUACAAGCUGUGGCCCUUGACUGGGAACGGUUUUGUUAACCCCAGGGGCUCUCCGGGCGUCCUCAGCACACCCAGCGGCAAUGGCCUGGGUAAAGUCAUGCCCACCAAGUCUCCACCACCCCCUGGAGGGAACAUGGGAAUGGGAGGCCGCAAGCCAGACCUAAGGGUUGUUAUCCCUCCAUCUAGCAAAGGGAUGAUGCCCCCACUGUCGGAGGAGGAGGAAAUGGAUUUGAACACCCAGAGGAUAAGCAGCUCCCAGUCCACCCAGUCGCUGGCCACUCCAGUAGUGUCUGUCACCACCCCCAGUUUACCCCCACAGGGCCUGGUCUACUCGGGCAUGCCCACCUCCUACAACCCUGCUGAGUUCUCCCUGAGCAGUGCAGAGAUCUCUUCCCUACAGGGCUUCAGCUCUCCUGGGCUCUCACUGGGCUCCAUGUCGGCAUGGCAACAGCAUCAACUGGGCCAGGCAGCUCUUAAUUCUUUGGUUGGUGGAGGUCACCUACCUCAGGGCUCCAACCUCUCCAUCAACACCAGCCAGAGCAUAAACAUCAAGUCCGAGCCCAUUUCGCCGCCACGGGAGCGUGUCACCCCAUCUGGCUUCCCCCCUCAGCAACCGCAGCAAGGGUCCAGCCGACAGGACGUUCUGGGACGUUCACCUGCAGACAGCCUCAGCUCCUCCUGUAGCUCUUACGACGGCAGCGAUCGUGAGGACCACCGGCCAGACUUCCACUCCCCGCUGGGACUGGGCAGACCCCCUCCUGGCUCUGAGGACAGGGAGAGCCCCUCGGUCAAGCGCUUGCGCAUGGACACAUGGGUGACAUAAAGAGCCCCUAUCAAGCCUCCAGUCACCAGCCAGUCAGAGAGGGGGAGGGGUUAGACAUGGAGAUAAAAGAAAGAGCAAGGGUCCUUAGAGCUAUCAUUAUUAUACUAUUAUUCAACUCCAUUUCAAUUUGUAAGACUGAGUGGCAAAUGUUAUAAGACGGUCAGGACAUAUCAAAAGUAAAUUCUCAAACUGACACAGUAAGAGUGAAAAAGUUAGCUGGACUGAAUUAUAUGCACAAGCAGGUGGUAUCAGGUACUUGGUGCAAUUCAGAUGAGGUUUGCAGAAGAAAGAUGUUCAAAGGAUAUUGUUAAACAAUAGGCGGUAGAUUAUUGUAGUCACUGGUCUAGUCAGACACUUACAUGUAGUUGCUGUAUUGCUGUUGUGCUCGCAAAUUGCAAACAAUCAGAGAAAGUCGUGUUGCUUUCAGGCUGAGGACCCUUACAUAUGAUGUUCACUGCAAGAACUAUCUUUUAAAAUCAUGCUGUAACCACACAAGACCUUUAUCUCAAGUGGCCUCUUGUAAUUUAUUGAUUCAUUCGAUCAGGAGAUACAGAGAACACGGAGUUAAUUAAGACUAUACAGUAAUUUUGAUUACACAGUAAACAAUUGCAACAGUUGAGACAACUUUAGUGAAUAAAUGAAACAAUACUGUUGGAGGUAACAAACAAAAUAGCAACAGACUUUAUUGCAAUAAUGACAUACGAUUAAUUUUAUAAUUUAAAAGAGUGGGAUAUAUACAUGUGCAAUUAAGAUAAUGCGAACCUGUCCAGUUGAACUGGUGAGAAAAUCAACAUGUUCACAUUUGUGUAACAGUUCAUCAGUAAUAUAAGCCAAAGCUGUUCUUUUGUGUCGUUUUGUACAGUUGCUACGGUUUCCUAACAAUUCACUCAAACGCACCAUUUCUUUCAUCAUAGUUUUAUUUUUAUUGUGCUUUAUUGCAAACAGUGUAAAGUCGUGUGAACCAGAUCUUGAAUCGAUAUCUAAAGCCAUGAAAAUUUGCUGUUCUGUUUGUUAUAAUUGAUCAUUUGAGCCAAACAGUUUCUUGUGUUGUGUAAAUAGCGACUUUAAUAUAUAUCACCAGGGGGUGAGUACAUACUGAAAGUACUGUAUGACCACCGUUUUCAAGAAAAGUAUAUUUUUGUGGAUUACAGCCAAGUUUACAAGAGUAGACCCUUAAAAAGUAGAUCAUUCACUGGUCAAUAUUUGCUAUUUUGUUCAUUUUACUGUAAUCUCUUCUAAAUUGAAUUAUCAACAUAACCUCCCAUGUGUUUUACUUCCAGAUAGUCAAUUUGUUUUCUCUCUCUUUAUUAGUGAUGACCUGUUAUGUCCUGAAGACAUUGUAAUAACAAUGCUGCAAGGUUGAGGUUACACUAUUUUCAAAUUUGUGAAGGAUAGCCACAAGGCUAGGGGAAAUAGGGUUUCUUCCCUCCUAUUGUAGUUGUAUACCAGCAGCUGCUGAAUACACUGCCAGCAUUCAAACCCAAGGUCCCAGCCCCAUAAUGAAGAAUAAUCUAUUGUUAUUGCAUGUAGCUCAACUGAAAAGACAUGCCAGCUCUCAAGCCCUUUCCACUAUCCUGUUAUUGGUUAAUUGAAUCACAGCAUAAACGUGGUAGAAAUGGCUGCUGAGCCUCACACAAAACUAAUCGUGCCUCUGCUCAUAUGUGGUUGUAAAUAUCACAGUCAGUCAUAAUUAUGUACAAAAAUACUCAUGUGUUUCCUUAAUUGGCUCCAGACAUUUUAUCUUGUAUCAAUUCCCUAUUACUAGUCAGACUACUAUAUGCCUAGGAACCUUAGGAGCCA